AUGAAUGAAAAUUCUGGAACGGCACAUUUGUCUUCUCACCCAGACCUUUUGAAUAUUGAUCGAGAAUAUGCGGACAACCUCAAAAUUCUUCUGGACAAUAGCCCGAGUAAAGGUUUAGAGCAGUUAAAGGUGGCAUCAAUUUGUAACGAUGAAAAAAAUGAUUUAGUCAGUAAAAGUAAUGGUAUUACACCAUCCUCUACAAUUUUACCAAAAAAAGGUCCCCCUUUGUUGGUGUUGGAGACGACUGCAUCAGAAGACGUGACAGUUCCGGAACGCGACUGCGGGCUUAAGUCGAUUCCCGAAGAGGCUGUGUCUUCCUAUUACAAAGACGAUAUAACUAACGGUGUAUCUUUUGAUCAAGACUCUGUGCGAACCUUUCACACAACCAUUUUUCUUGGGAAUAAUGCCAAACCCUCCAAUUCUACUGACCUUGGUAAAGCAGUUAAGGUCUCGACACCUGUUGCGCGCUCGAAGUCUUUUGGAAGAAAAAAUAUGUCGGCACGUAUUCAGUCGCUCCUAGAACAUUUUGAAUCAUCUGACCGCAAUUUUGAUUCUUCCUCCUCGUUGCCUGAAAUACCUCGAAAUAUCGAAAAGAGACCGGCCAAACAACCUUCCCCUGAAGCAUCGAUGUCUGAAAAUAAGUUCGAAGAUUGUCAACUCCCGUCACGUUUUCGUGUGAGUCCCAAAAUGUGGAGCCUUAUUCAAUUGCUGUCGAAUUCGCCCAUCGUCUUGAAGCAAAUGUUGCGUAACAGCUCACCUUCUGUGAGAGAAGAACUUGCCUGCCUCAUAUCCACUGGAGUAGGGCCCACCUUUGCACACCCGCACACAGGCACGUGCGCACUCGUGUGCAAGAAGCCACGCCGGUCGUUGCAGGAAUACACUACCAUUGGGAUGAGCAACAACGAGCGAUUUGAAUGGAAGUUGAACGAUUUUGAUAUGGGAAUCAAGGACAUUGUGAUUGAAGCCCUUUCCAUCAACGAUGACAAACUAAGAAUUGCUGAGCAUAUUAAAGAGCACGCGGAUUUGCUCUACGGAGGACCGCAUCAUUGCAUAGUUGGCAAAGAUUUUUGCGGCGUUGGCACUCAGGAAAAGUGGAUGCAAUGUCGUAUGGGAGACUUGAAGGUCUAUCUCUACAAGUCUCCACGAUGGUCUUCGUAA